AGCGUGUGUGUGCGCGCGCGUGUGUCGGGGAGCCACCGGGGAUUCGGUGGAGAGGGAACACCAUGGCAGUGCCCGGCGAGGCUGCACGAACCAGGGCCAAGCCCGGCCACGGGGGGCUGAGUGCAGCCCCCGCAGCGGGCCGAGACUGCCACCGUCGUGCCGGCCCCGCGUCGCCGCGGGGCUCCGACUGCCGCGGCUGCUGGGGAGACCUGGUGCUGCGGCCGCUCCGGCGCUCCCGGAAACUUUCCUCGGCGCUGUGCGCGGGCUCCCUGUCCUUUCUGCUGGCGCUGCUGGUGAGGCUGGUCCGCGGGGAGAUCGGCUGUGACCCGGAGCAGACUAAGGAGGCGGCGGCGGCGGCGGAGGAGGAGGAGGAAGCAGCCGGGAGAGCAGAAGGGGGCGUCUUCCCGGGGCCUCGGGGAGGUGCUCCCGGGGGCGGCGCGCCGCUCAGCCCCUGGCUGCAGCCCUCGGCGCUGCUCUUCAGUCUCCUGUGUGCCUUCUUCUGGAUGGGCUUGUACCUCCUGCGCGCCGGGGUGCGCCUGCCUCUGGCCGUCGCGCUGCUGGCCGCCUGCUGCGGGGGGGAAGCGCUCGUCCAGAUUGGGCUGGGCGUCGGGGAGGAUCACUUACUCUCGCUGCCCGCCGCGGGGGUGGUGCUCAGCUGCUUGGCCGCCGCGACAUGGCUGGUGCUGAGGCUGAGGCUGGGCGUCCUCAUGAUCGCCUUGACUAGCGCGGUCAGGACCGUGUCCCUCAUUUCCUUAGAGAGGUUCAAGGUCGCCUGGAGACCUUACCUGGCGUACUUGGCCGGCGUGCUGGGGAUCCUCCUGGCCAGGUACGUGGAGCGAAUCUUGCCGCAGUCCGCGGAGGCGGCUCCGAGGGAGCGUUCUGGGUCCCGGCUGAUUGCUGGGACCAAGGAAGAUACCCCGGUGUUUAAGAGGCGGAGGCGGUCCAGCUCCGUGGUGUCCGCCGAGAUGUCCGGCUGCAGCAGCAAGUCCCAUCGGAGGACCUCGCUACCGUGUAUUCCGAGGGAACAGCUCAUGGGGCAUUCAGAAUGGGACCACAAACGCGGGCCAAGAGGAUCACAGUCUUCAGGAACCAGCAUUACUGUGGAUAUCGCCGUGAUGGGCGAGGCGCACGGCCUCAUUACCGACCUCCUCGCAGACCCGUCUCUGCCACCCAACGUGUGCACGUCCCUGAGGGCUGUGAGCAACCUGCUCAGCACGCAGCUCACCUUCCAGGCCAUCCACAAGCCCAGAGUGAAUCCCGUUUCCCUCAGUGAAAACUAUACCUGUUCCGAUUCUGAAGAGGGCGCUGAAAAAGACAAGCUGGCUAUUACUAAGCGCCUGAGAAGGAGUUUGCCCCCAGGCUUGUUGAGACGAGUUUCUUCGACGUGGACAACCACCACCUCAGCCACGGGUCUGCCCACCCUGGAGCCUGCACCGGUACGGAGGGACCGCAGCGCCAGCAUCAAACUGCACGAUGCACCUUCAUCCAGUGCGGCUAGUCCUGAUUCUUGGAAUAACCCAGCAAUGAUGACCCUCACUAAAAGCAGAUCCUUCACUUCGUCCUAUGCUGUUUCUGCAGCCAACCAUGUAAAGGCUAAAAAGCAAAAUCGACCAGGUGCCCUAGCUAAAAUUUCACCUCUUUCAUCACCCUGCUCCUCACCUCUCCAAGCAACUCCUGCCAGCAGCCCGGUCAGCAAAAUUUCUUCAGUGCAUUUUCCAGAAUCUUCUAACACAACUGCGAAACAAGGCCUAGGUUCUCACAGGACCUUAAGUUACACUCAGAGCGCCCCUGACUUAUCCCCUCAGAUCCUAACUCCACCUGUUAUAUGUAGCAGCUGUGGCAGACCGUAUUCCCAAGGGAAUUCUGCUGACGGGCUCCUGGAGAGAAGUGGGGCAGUUGCUCGGACGCCAAGCAGAACAGAUGACACUGCUCAAGUUACCUCUGAUUAUGAAACCAAUAACAACAGCGACAGCAGUGAUAUUGUACAGAACGAGGAUGAGGCUGAGUGUGCAAGGGAGCCACUGAGGAAAGCGUCAGCGUGCGGCACUUACGCUCCCGAGACCAUGAUGUUCCUGGACAAACCGAUUCUUGCUCCUGAACCUCUUGUCAUGGAUAAUCUGGACUCAAUUAUGGAGCAGCUGAAUACUUGGAAUUUUCCAAUUUUUGAUUUAGUAGAAAGUAUAGGAAAAACAUGUGGCCGUAUUCUUAGUCAGGUAUCCUACAGACUUUUUGAAGACAUGGGCCUCUUUGAAGCUUUUAAAAUUCCAGUUAGGGAAUUUAUGAAUUAUUUUCAUGCUUUGGAGAUUGGAUACAGGGAUAUUCCUUAUCAUAACCGAAUCCACGCCACUGAUGUCUUACAUGCCGUUUGGUAUCUUACUACACAACCUAUUCCGGGCCUUUCCACUGUGAUUAGUGAUCAUGGUUCAGCAAGUGAUUCAGAUUCUGACAGUGGAUUUACACAUGGACAUAUGGGAUAUGUAUUCUCAAAAAUGUAUAAUGUGACAGAUGAUAAAUACGGAUGUCUGUCUGGGAAUAUCCCUGCCUUAGAGUUGAUGGCACUGUACGUGGCUGCAGCCAUGCACGAUUAUGAUCACCCAGGAAGGACUAAUGCUUUCCUGGUUGCAACUAGUGCUCCUCAGGCGGUGCUAUAUAAUGAUCGUUCAGUUUUGGAGAAUCAUCACGCAGCUGCUGCAUGGAAUCUUUUCAUGUCCCGGCCAGAGUAUAACUUCUUAGUUAACCUUGACCAUGUGGAAUUUAAGCAUUUCCGUUUCCUUGUCAUUGAAGCAAUUUUGGCCACUGACCUGAAGAAACACUUUGACUUCGUAGCCAAAUUGAAUGCCAAGGUGAAUGAUGAUGUUGGCAUAGAUUGGACCAAUGAAAAUGACCGUCUCCUGGUUUGUCAGAUGUGUAUAAAGUUGGCUGAUAUCAAUGGGCCAGCUAAAUGUAAAGAACUCCACCUGCAGUGGACAGAGGGUAUUGUCAAUGAGUUUUAUGAACAGGGUGAUGAGGAGGCCAGCCUUGGGUUACCCAUAAGCCCCUUCAUGGAUCGUUCUGCCCCGCAGUUGGCCAAUCUUCAGGAAUCCUUCAUCUCUCACAUCGUGGGUCCCCUGUGCAACUCCUACGACUCCGCAGGACUAAUGCCGGGGAAGUGGGUGGAAGACAGUGACGAGUCAGGAGACACCGAUGACCCAGAAGAAGAGGAGGAAGCAGCAGCAGCACCAGAUGAAGAAGAAACCUGUGAAAAUAAUGAAUCCCCAAGAAAGAAAACUUUCAAAAGGAGGAAAAUCUACUGCCAAAUAACUCAGCACCUCCUGCAGAACCACAAGAUGUGGAAGAAAGUCAUUGAAGAGGAGCAGCGGUUAGCAGGCGUAGAAAAUCAGUCCCCGGACCAGACCCCUCAGCAGCACUCUUCAGAGCAGAUCCAGGCCAUCAAGGAAGAAGAAGAAGAGAAAGGGAAACCGAGAGCAGAGGAGAUCCCAACCCCAAAGCCAAACCAGUGACAAUGGAUAGAAUGAGCUGUGUUUCGAAACAGAUUGACUUGUCACAGACUCUUUUCAAGCCAGCACAACACUUAAGACACAACACUGUAGAAAUACAAGAAGAUGGGCAGAUGGCUAUUGCAUUCUGGGAUUCUUCGUAUUUUAUGUGUUCAUUUUUACAGUGAGGUACAUUGUUUAAAAACUCUUGCUCAGAGAAGCUUUCACAUUGCAACACCAGCUUCUAAGGAUUUUUUAAAGGAGGAAAUAUAUAUGUGUGUGUGUAUAUAAGCUCCCACAUAGAUACGUGUAAAACAUAUUCACACACAUGCACGCACGUACACACUGAAAGCCAGGAUACCUGGCUCCACGAUUUAGUAACAUUCGUAUUAAAAUAUAUAGUGGUCACUGUGAUAUAAUAAAUCAUAAAGGAAACCAAAUCACAAAGGAAAUGGUGCGGCUUAGCAGGGAAACAGUGCAGCAAAUGUAGGUUACCAACUAAGCAGCUUUUGCUCUUAGUUCUGAGGGAUGAAAGUUCCAGAGCAUUAUUUGAAUUCUGAUACAUCCUGCCAACACUGUGUGUGAUUGUGUGAGUGUGUGCGUGUAUGUGUGUGUGUGUGUGUGUGAGAGAGAGAAAGAACAGGUCCAGAUUGAAAGGGUAUUUGUGUGCACUUAUGUGCAUAUGUAAAGAGAUUUUUGUGGUUUUAGUAGUUCGUAGAAUAGCUGUAGCCGAUGACUGAGUAUAUGUGAACAAACAGAAGGAAGUUCACUCUGGAGUGUCUUUGAGAGGCAGCCAUUUCAAAUGCACCUCCUCCAUUUAGCUUCAGUAAAGGUCCCUGUGCAGAUGGAGGGCACUCACUGGCUGGGAGAGGGCCACGUGGUUGGUAUUACUGCUAUGCACCACUUGGAGGCGCUCAAUCACCAGCCUCAAACCUGGAAGACUGAGGCCUUUUCCAGUCUACUCACCCAAUGAAUGUAUAGGAGAUGUUUGUGAGUAUGGAUGUCACUCAACGAAGAUCAGAUCACCGUUUAAGGGGAUGGCAUUCUUUAUAUAUCAACAGCUAGGAAGGAGCUGGAGUCAUGUCUUUUAAUCAGGGUAGAAUACAAAAGGAUGCCAGAGAAGGCCUGGGAAAUUGCACUUAACAGUUAUCUCCUGUGUCUUCUGAAUUUGCUGCACAAUGUGCAGUAGAAAAAGAAAAAGAGAAAGGCAGGCAAACAGAAACCUACUCUGGGUUACAUAGUAAGAGACGAAGGAGAAAAUUUCAACCCAGGGUUUUUGUGGUGACAUAGGAAAAGCCUGAUCCUUGGCGAUUGUUGAAGUUUGGCUUUGGGAGGUGAAGGUCCCAGGGACAACCCCUGUUGUGCUGGGUGAUAGGGUAAUUUCCAUCUGCAAUCUGGUCCGUCGUCAGUCAUGCUGCUUCUGACAGGGAAGAUUAUAGAGGGAUUGUUUGGGGGUUGGGUUAUUACUGCAAGUCUUUUCUUGUUUGUUUGUUUGUUUAUCUACACUUGUUUAUGCUGUGAGCCAAACCUCUAUUUAAAAAGUUGAUACUCACCUUCAAUAUUUUAUUUCAUAUUAUUAUAUAUGUCAUGAAUAGUUAUCUUGAUGUAAAUAUAAAGAUUUUUUUGGUUUCUGUAGAUAGUAAACUCUUUUUUAAAAAAAAAAAAGGGGGAAAAGGGAAACAUUUUUAUAAAGUUAUAUUUUAAUCACCAUUUUUAUACAUUAUAAUUGUCUCCAAGCCCAGCAAGAGAGUGAUGAUUCAUUUGCAUGGAGGUCUAUGAACAGCCACUCAUCUACCUAUUCUAAUUUAAAUGAUAAUCUGAUACAGUUAUGUUUGCCAAUUAAAUGAGGAUGCUGCAAAGAAUGUUUUUUUUUUCACUAGUAACUUUUGCUAACUGAAUGGAUUUGGGGUCCAUGUUUGCCAGAUGAAAGACUUUCUUCCCCAAUACCAAAUUUCUAUACUUGGUGUCCAUUUCUUUUCAACACUUUUUGAUUAUAACUCUUCCUUCAGUGUUAUAUACCAACCCGCUUAUCCUCUAAACAAUCUUAGCUUCUAAGUAAACCUUGAUGGUGAUUUUUAUUUCCUCUGAAGUCAAAGAAAGGAAUGUUUACAUUGAAAAUACCUUUGUUUCUCAUAAGUGGAUAUUGUGUUCUCCCCUUGCAAAGCAUGAUUUUGAAAUAAUCCCUGGCAUUUUUUAAAAUAAGGCAAAGAUAAUACAAUCAAAAAUAAAUAUGAUUUUUAGGACAAAUUCUCCAAUAAGUAGAACAUAUAAAAAGGAUCAAACAGAUGCAAACUCUACCUAAAUAAUUACAAUAUAUUUCGGUAUCUUUUUGAGUUAACACCAGGUCUUUAUUAUUUAGGACUUACUGAGUUGUUUCCAUUUGCUUAGUGUCACCUGUGUGUCUCUAUGUUUGCAAAAAUUACUGAGUCAAAUACAUUUCCCCGGUGAAUUUAACUCUUCUCCUUCCUUUGAAAAUAAGAGAAAGAAAAAAACAUUUAUAUUCUCAUGCCACUCACAUAUAAUUAUUUAACACAACUAAUCUUUUCCCCUUUUCCAAAUUCUGUACAUCUCUAAAGUAAAUAUAAGUUGAGGAAAAAGCUAGGUGUGGAGCGAGUGGAAUGGCAGAACAGUUGUGAAUCCGUAACUGUCUCUCAAGCUGAGGGACCCACGCAGGGGACAGCCUAGCUGCCAUAGUGGAGGUGCCAGAAAAGUGCCUGGUUUUGUCUGUUUUGUUUUAAGGUACAUGAAAUAAUGUAAUAGUAACCAGAACUGUUAGGAUCUCUUCAUUCCAGAAUUGUGUUCAUCAGUCCGGGCAGAUUGAUAAUUUUUUCUUCAAAAAUAAAUUGCCAUUAUAUUGAAACUAGAAGUUAAUGGAAAUAAAGGGAUGGGGAUCUACCAAUUGUGUGACUUUCAUACACACCAGUAUGUCUCAAAGGAUGCCUGGGGACAUAAAAAAAUAUUUUCUUCUUGUGGGGUUCUCCCCCUUUUUGGCAAUAUUAUUGCGUUCCCUUUCAACUCCGGAGCUUACUUCCUGUGGUGCCAAUGUAUUUGUUGCAAUUUACUACGUUUUUAUAUGAGCCUAUUUAUAGGUGCCAUUAGAUAAACUCAGGUCUUUGAAAUGAAAGUGUUUCUAGCCCACUUAUGGAGAAGGAUAAUUGUUUAGAGGACCAUAAAAUCAAUAGUAGGAAAAGCUAGAACUGGUUGCCUGGAUGUUCAUGGUUAUUCUCUCAAGUAAAAGACCAGGUAUAUUCUGAGUGUCACAAAUGCCAUUUUCAGCAUGCUAAUAGAAUGUCUGUCCAGUUAACUAAGCUGACCUUUAGAAUGUUGUUUCCUUGGUGAAAACACCACUUUUUCUUCUGCUUUUUUAACUGUAGAUUUUUUUUGUUAUUUGUAUAAGAUCUGGUUUUGCUCUCAGUAAAAGAUGAAGACAGCUCUGAACAGGGAUAUAUCUAUUAAUAUUUUGGUCUUCAUCUGACAAGUGAAAGAAUUUCCACAUACUACGUUUAAGAAAGUGUCCACUUUCUAAAAAUCAAAUACCCAAUUCUCUCUCUUCCAUUUUGGUUGAAUUCCAGAACAAAUCUUAACCAUUGCAAUUCCAGUAAAACUGAAGGAAAGGAAUGGAAUGUAUUGCAGACUGUUUCAUAUUAGAUUGUAUGUAGACUGUUAAUUUGCAAUUUCCCCAUGUCCUCUGCCUUUCUUACCCAGAGAACUUUCUUUCAAGAUAAAAGCUGUGCAAAAGGCAUGAGACUCAGGCCUAUUCUUUGUUUAAAUGAUGGAAAAAUAUAAAUUAUUUUCUAAGUAAUAAAAGUAUAAAAAUUAUCAUUGUAAAUAAAGUCUAAAGUUUGAAAU